GGGCGGCUUCCCGGAUUUCCAAACAGUGAUGCUGCCAUCUUCUAGCCAUCAUCUCGACCUGCGGACGCUUGAAGUUGUUCGCAUCGAGCGCAUCGAUCUUUUCCGGCAGCAGGAAGCAGUGGUGGGUCGACAGCAGGCUCCAGCCCUGCUUUAUCUGAGCCUGCUGCUGGGUGAACGCUUCCUCCUGCUCCUCCUCGUUGCUCCAGGUGGCGCGCGUCGAUUGGCGGUGCAGCUUCCGGGCACGCUCCUGCUCCGGUAUGAACGUGGCCAUAUUCAUCGACAUCAGCGUGUUAGACAUGGCCACCAUGGCUAGCAGAUGGUUGGAGGUAAGUGUCGUGCUUAGCUCCCAGUGAAGCCGUGCGGUAAACAACUUCGUCAAACCCUCCCGUCGGAACUGUUCCGCCGUCAUCGCAACCGUCUUCAGCUCGUCCGGGGUGGAAUUGAUAACGAUAUUGUUUUGCCAGGUCGGCAACAGCAGCGACAUGUAGCCACCCUUCGACAGCACACCGAACGACACGGGAAUCUAGUGAGUAGCGAACAAAAGCAAAAGGUUCUAAGCGUUAUUAAGGGUCCGGAAUUCCAACUACACACUUUCACUCACCAUUGGGCGCAGCAGGCCAAGUUGCGUUUCGCACACUUUGUCCAAAUGUGGAUCGAGUCCCCAGGAGUGGAUUAACGACAACAGCAGCUGUGCGACCUCCAUCACGUGGGUCGCUUCCAUGCGGGGUGCGAUUUUCUUCGCAAUUUCCGACGAAUCUGGAGGAAUCGUAAACAAACAAAUGGAGAUGCAUGUUGUUUGUGUUCGGCAUUGCAGGCCCAUCCACAACAACAGCGAGCACUACUGGGCGCUAUGGGUAUUUGCACAGUGUUGUGAUUGAUUGGCCGUGUCUUGGCAUCCACCCGCUCCGACUGAGCCAAAGCAAAUGCCUGUAGGACAAAGGGAGCGUACUCUCAACCACGCUGUUGUACAGGUUGCCAGCUCUCAGGAAUUCUAGCCUGCCAAAAGCAAACAAAAAAAUCCUACCACCAAAGGCCGGCACCGUAUUGCGAAUCGCACUAUUCACUUGCAUACGGGCACACGUGUUCUUAUCAGUAUAGAAUUUGCGGCCAUCCGCCGCUGUACAUUAUAAGUACAAUCUGCAACGCGACGGCACACACUAUUUGUCUUUCAUCAAUCACUGCGAACAGUGGGAGUGGAGAGAGAGUGUGGCUGAUCUGUUGAUUCAAUCGGAGUCGGGGAAAACUAACGCGCAGUAUAUAACGACGAGGAGUUUAGACUUUGGCAUUACAGUUCGCUGAGAACAUUAGCCAGUGCAAGUGGUAGCGUUCUUCAUUCAUUAUCUCAAAAAGCGGGGAAAUAAUGGCAUCCAAAGUGAUCGUGAUUGCGUUGCUGUGCAUCGCACUGGCAGCGUUUGUCCAGGGAGCUCCGCAAUAUACGCACGGCGAGGAGCCUGAAUAUGACGAGGAUGAUGGGGCAGACGAACCGGUUCAGCCUCAUUCGAGUAGCAAUCACGCCGACACUGAGGAUGAUUUUGAUCUGAGUCUUCUGGACAAGCCGUACGCUAAUGCACCGGAGAAUGCCGAUCCCGGACGACGUCCCGAGUUCCUUAAGCAACACAACAACGAAAACCAGUCGGAUUCGUCUUCCGGAUCGACCGAAAAUUAGCACGAAGCAAUACAACUCUGACGUCCUUUGGAUCAUUUAAAGUCGUAUUGAAAUGAAUAUACGCAUCAAUAAAUUUACGGAAACGGUAUUACAAGCCUAAAA